AUGGCCUCAAAGGGGGUUGGAGUGGGGGCGGGAAGGCCAACCGCUGGGAGAGAAGAGGAGGUGUUGAAAGAAAGGUCAAGCACCAGGCUCGCGGGAGAAGGGAACGGAAGCAGAGAAGAGGAGAAGAAAAAGAAGAAGGAGAAGAAGAAGAAGAAGCAAACAAGGGUCUACAAAAGAGUGAAUAAGCAAGCAGCAGAGGGAUUGCCAGACCAAGAAGAGAAGCGAAGGAAUGAAGCGGCCCAGAGAAGAGGAUGGCGAGAUGCAGCGAUGCAGCAGCAGAGGAGAAUGGGCGACGGGGAAAUUGGCAGAUUCGCUGGGCACGACAAACCAAGGCCCGGACUGGGGACUGGGGACGGGGGACGGGGAACAACUGGGUUCCUGGGCCUGGCUGCGGGUCUGGGCUCGCCAGCUUGUCCAGCCAUUUACGAUGCUUAUGACUAUUCAUUUAUUAUUGAUAAGACGACAUGA